ACUGUUGUCCCUGGUUGGUGAGAUUACAAGUGAGCAAAGAUUAAGCAAAUGAAGGCUGAAGCAGUAGCUCAAAAUAGCUUCUAGUCUCCACUGCCGGGAUACUGUGAACAGCAAAUGACUGCGCUUUUGCGUGACAAAAAUGUUUCACAAUAAUUUACCAUCCUGUUCAAAAUGAGGAACACUUUGCCUGUGACAAUGAGUGAAUCUUCAGUGAUGCGCAAGGCUGUCGCCCAGGCCCAAUCUACAGCUAGCGGCCACACGCAGAUGACAUCACGGCAGCCAUACACCACAGACACAACUGCCUCCAAACGUGUGUGUUUUUAUAAAAGCGGUGAUGCCCAGUUCAGCGGUUUGCCUGUGGUUAUCAACAGCCGCACCUUUAAAACAUUUGAGGCUCUGUUGGACAGCCUGUCGAAGCGUGUGCCGCUGCCGUUUGGUGUGCGCACCAUUACGACUCCUCGUGGUCAUACCACAGUUCGCUCCCUUGAUCAGUUACAUCACGGUCAGUCGUACAUUUGCUCUGACCGUCGAACUGUCAAACCCAUUGACCUGGAACGAGCACGUCGGAAACUGCCUCCCUGGUAUCACGCUCGUCCUGUUAGUGCCCGGUAUUUUGCCUGGUACACACACAACCCUGCUCAACAUGGUACCCGCACAGCAAAGCGGAAUGAGCAUGCCGUGUUGUUGCAUACACCAAAGUGGCUCAUACUCUUCCGUAAUGGAGAGCCAGAAGUGAAGCACAGACUGAUGCUGCAGAGGAGAACAACAUACUCCUUUGAUGCACUAUUAGAUCACAUCUCAGAUGUUAUGCACUUCCCUGUGCUUAAAUUAUACACACCAGAAGGAAGAAGGGUGGAUGGGCUUCCUGCUAUGAUACUAUGUUCUGGGAUAUUGGUGGCUGCUGGCCGAGAAUCCUUUAAAAAAAGAAACUAUGAUGUCCAGAAGUCACCUCCACCAAAGUUGCUACAAGCUAAAAGGUCUGGACGACGACGUCUAAUUACCAGUAAGUUCAUUAU